AUGGCGGACAGCUGCGAGCAAGAUCUCGACUUUGAUCUCGAUCAAGAUGGACUUCGUUCUAACAUACCGCGUUAUGUUAGAACACAAAUACCUGUUUGUAGCAUUGAAUACAAAAAGGUUCUACGAAACACUAGAAAAGUAAAGACAAAUAUUGAAGAAAGUCAACAUAAACUUAAAAUAAUGAAGGAAAAAAUGGAAGAUUGUCGAAGAAACGCGUGCGAGGCUUUUAAGCUCCGUAUAAACCAACAGGAAGGUCGUAGUGAUGAGGAGUUUAAAGGUACUGGAUCAUCGCACACCUCUAGACAAAUUAUCUACACUCCAGGCGGAACCAAACGGAAAGGUAUAAACUCUUUACAUAUUUUUUAUAAGCUGUGUGGUGUAUUUUAUAUGAAUGCAAGAGGCUCAUAUUUUUCUAGGAGACUGGCACCUUUCUUUACCAUUUAUCGAAUGAUAUCCAUUUCUUUCCUGUAUGAAUCUGCUUAAAAGGUUAUCCACAUGGGACUCAGAUGAUAAAUAUUGGUAAUUACUAUAGCAUGGUAAUCAGGUGGUAAACCAGACCCAUAUGAAUUGGCCUUGAGUCAAAAUAUGACAUGCAGGAAUCAGCUCAUCCAUGGGGGGAGGAUAAUAAUUCACACAAAUGUAUGGUGUAAUUAAAAUCAACUUAUUAUAUGUAUUGCAACUAUCAGCCACUGUUUAAGUAAUUCUGCAUCAUGUUUAUUUAUAUAUAUUUACAGUUAAUCCAAGUCACAUCAAAUUUAAAGCCAACCUAAAAGAGGCUUUGGAUAAUAUAAUUGAGAAAAGAGAAGGCUCUGUUAUUAUGGUUGAUGAACUUGUUGAUAAACUCCAGAAUACAUUCCCCGGUGUGAAGGGCUUUGAACGUUCCACCAUCUUAACCACCUUGUCACGAAUGUAUGGGAAAAAGGUUGAAUACAUGGGGAGGAAGAAAAAGUAAGUUUAACUUGAUUUUAUUUCUAUUAAUAUUGUAUGAUAUGACCUGGGAACUUUUUACAUAAACGUUUUUUAGAACAUUAAGUUGCCAUGAAUACAAAUUUCACUUUUGCUACUUUGAUCAUUUAUUGUACUGUGAUAGCAGAAAAAUAUUAUGGUACCACCACUUCACUGAUUAAUAACAUUAUUUUUAAAAAGAAUGUGAACUAUAAGCUUAAAAAUGCAGCACAAACAGAUCGACUGUGCCACAUUUUUUAAAGUACCAUUUUUAAAUUUGAAAUUUUUGCAGACCAUAUUACAGGGGAAUUGCAUUCAUAGAGGAUAGCAAGUUGGACACUGCAAGUCAAGAUGAAACAGGUACAGAUUAUAAUCAAAAUAUAUAAAAAGCUAAAAAAAAGUUAUACAUCAGAAUAUAACCAUAAGAAUUGUGUGGUUCCCGAAAUGUCAUCUUGGAAGUGGAAGACGGACCUAAUUUCAGUAUAGGUUUUCUCAAAUGAAAAAUAAGUUAAAGCAAGUAACCAAAACUUUCUUAAAUUGCACUUGCUUGUCACCGACAUUCUGUGCAAAACAGUUACAUGCCAAACUGACCAAGAUUCUUGGGUUAACACACAACUCUUACGUUGGAUCAAAUUGAGGUUUAAUUAAAUAUGUUAAUUAAAUUAUGGUAAAUUCAUUCUUUUCAGAAGUGCCUAAAUCUAUCAAUGUUGUCAAACCUCCUUGCAAAGCAAGAAAAGGUAUUUUAUAGUAAUUGUAUAUCCUAAAUAUGUAUGAGCAUUAAUUAAUGAUUUAAUUAAAGGUCUAAUAAUUGGUAAAAGAUGCUAUAAUUAUGGAAAGUCUAAAACUAAUAGUUACUGUGAACAACCCUAUUAAUUAAAUAACUGUGAGUGAACUAAGUUACUUCAUGAGUUUACCCUUAUGUGUUUUUUUUUGUGUAGGUAUAUUGUUUGACAGUUUUAGUGAAGAAAGUGGUGUUACAGAUUAUCCCUUCUUAAUCACCGGUACGGGUAAUCGACUGCAUGCCUGUUUUGUGCUGUAAAGUAAUUCUUGUUCAGGGAAAGAUUAUUCAACCUAGAAAUUCUGGAAAUGUAGUUAUGUUUGAAGAACUUUCUGUAUAUUUGUUGAGUAUUUCCAAACAACUGAGACACAUUUUGUGUUGCUACUGUAUAUAUAUUCAGAUAUCAAAUCUUUGAUUUAUCUGGUCUUUAAUUUGGUCAGUAUCAUAUUCAGGUUCAUUUAACUUGCAUGCAAUAUCAUGAUAUCUCAUGAAAAAGUAAUUUAAUGUGUUCUUAACCUUUGUAGGUACAAACCAAGAUCCAACAGAACCUUUUGGUAUGGAAGAAUUGCUACAUGCAACGCAAGAGGUUGAGAACACUGUUAAUGAGGAAGGUAACGCAUCAAAAUCAUUGGCAUUAAAGGAGCAAGAAAAAACGUUUAGAGCAUAUGAUAGCACUGUUCAAGAAAUCAUAAAUGAGCAGGAUAAAGUAAUUGGUUUGCAAGAGGAAAUAGUUACAACAUCAAAAUUACUUGGGGGACUUUUAACUGUGUCAGAAAGAAACUCAAUAAAGGAAGAAGUUAAUAAAGCUAAGGAGGUCUUCAAUUUGCAUAUACGUGAUGAAAAGUCCUUAUGUGAUAUUCAUGAUAUAUUCAACCCUCAUUUGUUCAAAGACCUUGUGGAUGGAGUACGAACUGCCUGCCCUACAAUUACAAAUAUAUUGGAACAGUUAGUGCUUUCUUCUAAUACUUCAAGAAACACAAUAAAGACCGAGAGCUUGAAGAUGAAAGCAGCAGUCCAUUUACUAGCUUCGUUAUUGGAUGUUCGGGAUCAGCACAGUAGAAAUGACAUUCCUCUCCUAUUUGGGUUGCUGUUCAUUUGUUACGGCGCUGGUCCAGCAAUGAUAAGAAUCCUGCAACGCAUUGGUCUUUCCGAGUCAUUCCCUACAUUGUGAGUUGACUUCUAUUGUAUAUUGAACCGUAAGAUUUUCCACCUUGUCCUUGCUUUUAAAUUUGAUAGUAUGUAUAUAUGUAUAUAUAUAUAUGUAUAUAUGUAUAUAUAUAUAUAUAUGUAUAUAUAUAUAUGUAUAUGUAUAUAUUUUACUUAUUUAUCUACCGGUAUGUUCCGUAUUUUUUUCAAUAUCGCGCAACAGCAUAAUAGGACUUGCAGCUGAGACCCAGAGGCAGAGAACAUUCGGGCUUGAAUUAACUGAAGUAGGACAGAUUCAGACCGUUUGAUUUUUUUGAAAUUUCACCUGACUUUUGAGCUACGGUGUCAAUUCCGGCCAGACCGUUAACCAUAUGGUUUAUGUUCCUUUUUCUGGGUUGCGUGUAUUUCUUACUGAGCCCCAAACAUGCUGCUACAUCGCUUCUGCCUUCUGGUCACGUUCAUUAAUCACAAGUGCCGUUUUUUCGCUUAAUGGUUAUUGUUUUUCAUGCACUCACGUUUUCAAUAUUGCAUUUUAGGAUAGGUGUCUUAAAAAGUCAACUCAGAAACUACAAGAAAAUAAUAUCCAAGCGUGUAGGAAUUAAUACACCAGUUAUUACUUACCAGGACAACAUGCAAAUGUUCCGCACGCCAUUAAGACAUUUGAGACUUUCUAAACUACAAGAAGAUAAAUUAAAGCAAGGAAAGAUGUGGGACUUCACAGUCAGAGGAUGGAGGGAAGCAGACAUAAGUGGAAUAGAGGCAAACUUUGAAAAGGAUGACUUGGCUUUGAAACCCCAGCAAGAAGUGAAGAGCCUAAAAUAUGAGGACACUAAGAUCGGUUAGCACCGUGAAUUAAAUAGAUAACAUAUAAGCAGGGUAUGUAACAUUUAACUGUUUGAUAUUAUUUCUUUGCAGAGAACAACAAAGAUCAGAACCAAAAAUUUUUAGGUUUCAAGGAACGAAACAUGUUGCGUAGGCUUGAUGUAGCAUUAAACUGCAUUGUUGAGACGGAGGACGAAAUAGUGAGUGCAUCAAAUGAAGAUCUUGAGAGAUUUGCGGAAGCUGCCGAAGCCCGAAGAAAUCUUCCCAUGAACAAAAAAAAAUACAUCACUGAUGUCCCCCCAGUGGACGAGGAAUUUCCUUCCAUGGCAAAGACGAAAACGAGCAUAUACCCUUUGCCGAUCUCCCAUGAGAACCAAUGCACCACGGUCGGCUUGGCUGGUAACUUAGACAAGUUCACGGAAGAGUUCAGCUUUCAUUCACAGGAAAAUCAGCAAUAUAUGCCCGUGAGGAAAUCAGGAAAGGCGUUCGCAAUUGAUAAAGCGUACGAACGUUUCGCAUUCAUAAAGAGCCUUGAGAAACACAAAGAGCAGCAAGCAUACUACGACACGAUUUUAAGAAGGACUUUAGACGAAAGUUCCAGCGAAGAAACCCAAACGUUUGACGAAGUUGGAGUUAUGGUUGAGGAAACUGUAUCUUCUGAUAGUGACGAGGACUAAACAGACCAGUAUUUAUAUAUUAUAGCAAUAUAGGCAUUAUUAAUGAAAAGGAUUCACAAGAUGCCUGUGAUGUUACUCUGAGUGUAUAUCCACACCAGGCAAGCAUGAAA